AUGCUCACCCUCCUCCCGAUCUGCCAGCUGCAGAAGCCCCUGCUGCCCCAGGCCUCCCGCAACCUUGGGAACAGCGCCAUUGGCCGCCUCCACCCACUGGGAAAACCACGCAGUUUUCAGUCUGCGGGACCCGGGAAACGUCACAGAGAUGGCGACAUCACAGGCGCCUGCGCCCCUUGUAUCUUCUCGGUCCCCUACCCCCUCCGCCAAAAAGCGCACUGGAGGUGGAGGGGGAGCAACCACCAGCCCACUCCCGGCCACCCAGACACAGACUCCCCCUGUCAGCAUGGGAGUAACAGUAGCCGUGUGACCUUGUACGUGUUUCUCCACCUCGAGAGGAAACUUGGGGCCACUGUGCAUAAUAAGGAGGCAUCACGCAGCAUCGAGUGUCAGCAGGCCAUAAAACAGGUUUGUGUUGGCUCUGGUACCCAGGAUAGGAGGACCAAAGCAGUAAGAGUGAAAAGGGACACAUCCAAGGUCAAGUCAGAAGUGGAAGCUCCCUCCAUCACCUCCUUCUCCCUGACAGGUGCCAAUGCAUUUCCCUGCUGUGGCAAGACCUCGGUGGAAAUCGUGGAGAAACAGAAUGAUCCCAGCCAUCCCCAUCAUUCAGCAGAAGUAGGGGCACAAUCGGUAGAACAGAAACCCCUGUUCCAAGAUCCAAACCCAGAGCAGGAAGAAAACUUUGGCCUGAAAAUGAACAUGGAUCCCAUAUGGAAGGUGGACAGCUUGGAAUCUUGCAGUGACAGCUCUAAGCCAGAAUAUACUAUUGAAACCUUCCAUCCCACCACAGAGGAGCUGGCAGAGAUGCAGAGCUUCAACCAAUGGAGCAUAGACUCGAUCCGCAGCAACUCAGAGGAGGACAAGGUACUAAUCCAAAGUCGCUCCAUCCAUGCACAGACCUCCAGACACCUCUUCUGGUCAGACAAGACUGUCCAGGCCUCAGAGAACAGCCUACAAAAGGUGAUUGAAAUCCAAGACAAAGGUAGUAGCAAAAAGACUACCAGAAGCCACCCAGAAAAGAAAUCCAUUUCCAUUGCCACUCCCACUCUCCCAGCUGCAUGCUCCCAGAAGCCACCUGUAAGCUCCUCUCUUCCUGUCUCCCACCUUUCACCGCCCAUCGGCCUAUCGGAUCUGAUCAACUUUGCAUCUUCCCUGGCCAUAGCCUCUACUAGCAACAUGAACUUGCCCAGUUUGGAGAAAAUGCUCAAACCUGUACUACAGAAGACUCCAGAACCUUCUACAAAGCCCUCCCAGCCCGCUGAAGAGAAGCAAGAGCUGACAGGGAAACUCAAAACUGUAAAGUUCCAGAAAACUUGGGCUGAACAAGAAACAAACUUCCCUCACCCUUUCUUAGAAUUCAGCAAGCCAGGGAUCAAGACAGCCACCCUUGAAGGGGAAGUGAAGUUUGUCCAGACAUCAACCAUGAACUCCCAAGAAUCCCAGGAUGACUCCGUGCCACCAGGAACCAAGAAAGGGAGUCCAUUAUUGCUGAAAAUCCAUUUUAAGCUGUUAUCCCCUGAACUCCAGAGAAAUGACUAG